AUGCACAUAACGUAUAUGCGAGCGUUCAUCGCUCUAUUUGUCUAUCGGUAUUUUCGACUUGUUGUGAACCUCAUAUCGUUCUAUACAUUCAAGCCCAUCCCUCCUCCUGAGGAUCCGAAAUUGACGGCCAAUGAUGUGACCGUCAUCAUCCCCACGCUAGAUGGCUGCGGCGAGGAACUAGAGAGGACAAUCGAGACCAUUCUGAUCAACCAGCCCCACGAGCUCCUUCUUGUCACAAUUGAGGCAAACCGGAAGAAGGCCGAAGCUAUGUUGGGCAAAAUGCCGGCCACGAGAAUUCGCUUAUUUACGGUCACGCACCCCAACAAACGCCGGCAAAUGACUAGGGCUAUCCCAGAGGUUACGACGGCAAUUACGGUGUUUGCGGACGAUGAUGUGAUUUGGCCACCAAAGGUUCUUACCUGGAUGCUGGCUCCCUUUGAGAAAGACGACCGAUAUGGUGGUGUGGUAACCUGUCAACGGCUCAAACGUGCCACCUCGCCUACCCUGUCACAGCGAAUUUGGGGGUUCCUUGGAGCGCUCUACCUGGAGCGAAGGAACUUUGACUGCGCCGCUACUACCCACAUCGAUGGUGGACUUCCUUGUAUGUCUGGACGUACCGUCGCAUAUAAAACGAGUAUCCUGCAGGAUGAAGCCUUUACUUAUGCUUUUACGAAUGAAGGAUGGUGGUUUGGCAAGUAUCAACUGAAUGCUGAUGAUGACAACUUUAUUACCCGCUGGAUGGUAUCGCACGGCUGGGAGACUUUUAUGCAAUACCAUCCUGAAGCAGAGGUUCAAACGACCUUGGAGGAUAAUCCGACAUUCCUAAAACAGUGCGCCAGAUGGUCCCGAAGCAACUGGAGGAGCAAUCUGACCAGCAUGUUCGACGAGGGAGAUAUAUGGCACCGCCAGCUUUGGAGCGCGUAUGCUGUUCAUAUGACGACUCUCUCUCCUCCAGCUCUUCUCGGUGACUUGGCCCUUAUCUUUUUGUGUCAUAAGGCGACUGCUGUUGAACAAUAUCAUGUCUUUGCAAUGUCGUUUCUUGCCGUCUGGAUGUUUGUCAGCAAGUUCAUCAAACUUUUGGGCCAUUACAUACGAUUUCCGGUCGAUUGGAUCUUUCUUCCAGUGUCCAUCAUUUUCGGCUAUUUUCAUGGGGCGAUUAAGAUGUACGCUGUGAUGACACUCAGUGCGACCACUUGGGGCAGCCGAGAAGGUGCCGAUGAUUUUGACGAGGAACGUAUGAAGAAGCGACCGGAUGCCGAUCCUCUCAAGAAACCUUACUAUCCCAAAUUCAGGCUCAACGCGAACGAUUUUCAUCACCGAUUGGUGCCUAGCGUAACCUCGGCCGAUAUAUCCUGA